CCGCCGCGCGCCGGCAUGGAGCGGCUGAGGCGGUCGUUUCGCGAGUCGUUCCGGCGGCGCAAAGGCACCCCGCCGGAGUCGGCACGCCCGCACCAGUGGCACGCGGAUGAAGCAGCCGUGCGCGCCGGCACCUGCACUUUCCCCGUCAAGUACCUCGGCUGCGUCGAGGUGUUUGAGUCGCGUGGCAUGCAGGUCUGCGAAGAGGCCAUUAAAGUACUCAGAAACUCUCGUCGGCGACCCAUCCGCGCCGUUCUGCAUGUGAGUGGCGAUGGACUGCGCGUCGUCGAAGAGGAGACCAAGGGACUUAUCGUCGACCAGACCAUCGAAAAGGUGUCGUUUUGUGCGCCCGACAGAAAUCAUGAAAGGGGAUUUAGCUACAUCUGCCGCGACGGCACUACACGCCGUUGGAUGUGUCACGGGUUCCUGGCGGCGCGCGACAGUGGCGAGCGGCUGUCGCACGCGGUGGGCUGCGCGUUCGCCGCCUGCCUCGAGCGCAAGCAGCGGCGCGACAAGGAGUGCGCCGUCUCCAUGAGUAUCGACGCCGCCAGCCACGCCUUCACCAGGCAGGGCUCCUUCCGCAAAUCCGGUAUAACACGUCGCGCGUCGGAAGCGGACACGCCGUCAGUGACGCCAGGCGUGGGCGUGGGCGGGGGCGUGGUGAACUCGGGGGGUGGGGUGGGCGCGCGACCACACAACCCCUUCGCAGUGGAGCGGCCGCACGCCGCGCCUCAUCUGCUCGAGCGACAGGGCUCCUUCCGCGGCUUCGCGCACCUCAACAACAGUUCUCCUUUCAAGCGUCAGAUGUCGCUGCGCAUCAGUGAGCUGCCGUCGAACCUGGAGCGGCAGCGCAUGGGGCUGGGCUCCCCGCCCUCCGCCCUGCCCGCCCCCAGCCCCGCGCCCGCCCUGCCCGCCCUACCCGCCAUACCCGCCCACAAACCUGACGUCACGCCACUAGACGAGUUGUCGUGCGGCGCGGACCCGGUGGCGGCGAUGUGCCAGCAGCUGUCGCUGGAGCUGCGCGCGCUGGCGGAGGAGCCAGUGGCGGCGCGCGGUUUGCCUCACCCCGACGCAUGGCUCGGCCGCGUCGCCCAAACCGCGCCCCCCGCCCCCGCCCCCGCCCCCGCGGCCCCGCCCCCAGACUGCGCGCCCCGCCCCCUCGCCAGCACCAACCCCUUCCUCACGCCCGCGCCGCUCUAA